CAUCACUCUCCUUCCAGAUCCCCCACCGCGCGUCUCCCGCUGCGACACGCACGCACGCCUCACCUCGUCGCCUCCGUCAACGGUCAACCCACCGCCCAUGGGAGGAGGGCACGAGCAGGAGGCCGACGCCGGCAAGGCCGGGGGCUACUCCUCCUCCGGCCUCCCGCCGUCGGAGCCGCCGCACCUGUCGGGCCAGCCGCCGCAGCAGUACGGGUACGGCACGUUCCAGGGCUCUCGCGCCGGCUCGGGCGAGUUCCGGCAGCCGCCCGUCGGGUUCCCGCAGCCCGCCCCGCCUCCCGGAUUCGGCGGCGGCGGCGGCGGCGGCUACCACAACCAGCAGCAGCCCUACGCGCCUGCGGAGCCGUACUACGCCCAGGGGUACCAGGCCGUACCAGGCUAUGGUCAAGUAGCUGAAGGAAGACCUGUGAGAAUGCGGCGUCUCCCAUGUUGUGGCCUCGGCUUAGGCUGGUUCCUGUUCAUCACCGGUUUUUUCCUUGCCGCCAUUCCAUGGUAUGUUGGAGCUUUUAUUAUGAUAUGUGUGCGGGUACAUGACCAUAGAGAGAAACCAGGAUACGUAGCCUGCACAAUCGCUGCCGCAAUUGCUGCAGUUGCCAUCCUCCUGGGGGUUACUAAAGGAACUCACGUAUGGUGAAUUGCCUCCGGAGUCCAGAGUUUUGGCAAUGGCCAAAUGCAACCCAUCGAUAUAUUGCUUGUUUGUAUUGUAUAUAUAUAUAUAUAUAUAUAUAUAUAUAUAUAUAUAUAUAUAUAUAUAUAUGUAUAUAUAUAUAUGUAUAUAUAUAUAUAUGUAUAUAUAUAUAUAUAUGUAUAUUAUAAAGUGUGACCAACACCCAUGUGUAUUGUACUUUGUAAUAAGAUUUUAAACAUACAAUCUUUGUAAGCAUUGGAUCAUAUAAUAAGAUACCUUGGUGGAAA